AUGCCAACAUGCUUACAACAAGCAAGACUGCCUCGCAUAGAUCUUCCGAAGUUUAAUGGAACGCCAGCUGAUUGGCUGUCCUUUAAGGAUCUAUUUCAAGCCUUAGUACUCGAUAAUUCUACACUAACUCCUGUUGCAAAAUUACAAUAUUUGAAGACAAGUCUGACUGGUUCGGCAGCACCUUUACUCAAGAAUACAACUCUUAUAGCGGAUAAUUUUGAAAAGGCCUGGCAAAGUGUAAUCUCCUUUUAUGAAAAUAAACGCCUGCUAGUCAACGCAGCACUAAAUUCGUUACUCACGGUCAGAAGAAUGACCAAAGAGUCAGCAAGCGAGAUGGAGCAACUAUAUACACAAGUUUUACAAAUUCACCGCUCUUUGGAAACAUUACAAAGACCCGUCUCUAUGUGGGAUGACUUUCUGGUGUUUAUAGUCUCACAACGAUUUGAUUCUGAAUCAAUCAAAGCCUGGGAACUUCAUCUGGGAAGCUCAAAGAAUCCACCGACAUGGACUCAAUUGUGUGAAUUUUUGGUAACUCGAUUACGUUCACUUCAAGCACUAGAGAAAACACGAUUCGGAAAACCUCACGUAAAACGUUAUACAAAUGCUAUCAAAGCACAUUAUCAAGGAAAGAACAAGGAAAAUAUUCCUAACAAGAAUUACAAGUGUUUAAUUUGUUCAGGGAAUCAUCAUACGUCAAUUUGUUCGCAAUAUUCGUCCAAAUCAAGAGCUCAAAAAUUAGCACUCAUUGCAAAGCACAAAUUGUGUUACAACUGUUUGGGGCCUCAUAGAAUAAUCAAUUGUUCUACUACUAGAAGAUGUCAGAAAUGUGGUAAGAGGCAUCACACCACUAUACAUCCUUGCACUACUCAACCUGCAAAAUCAACGGAUAAUAACCAAACGAAACAACCGGAAGCUCAAGUGUUGCACUCCAGCACUGGACAUAAAUCCAUCUUAUCGCAGACUCUUCUUGCUACCGCUCAAGUUCUGAUUUUUAGCCCAUACGGUAACUUUGCAAAAUCAAGAGUAUUAAUCGAUCAAGGUUCCGAAAUUUCAUUAAUCACGGAAAGAUUAGUUCAACGACUUAGAUUACCUCGUAUUCGCUCAUUUGUACCAUUGAUUGGAAUCGGAGAACAAACCUCUAAUAAAACUAAAGGACUAGUCCAUUUUAAAAUAAAACCACACUUUCGAUCCAAUUACAAGAUAUCGGUGUCUGCGCACAUUUUGCCUAAUCUUACUAGCUCAAUACCUACUGUGGAACUUGCUCAAGAAUCGUGGUCUCACUUAAACGGGUUACUACUAGCAGAUCCUCAAUUCUGUUCACCCGGCCCAAUUGAUAUUAUUUUGGGAGCCGACCUUUAUGGUCAAAUCAUAGAAGAAGGAAUCGUCAAGGGACUGGCUAACUCGCCUAUAGCCCAAUCUACAACAUUAGAAUGGAUCGUUUCUGGACCAACAAGUAAAGGAGGCUCUCAGCAAACACUACGGAGCUAUUACAUAUCUAGCAACGAAGAAAUUUGUCAUCUCAUGCAGAAAUUUUGGGAAGUGGAAUCAGUUCCCGAAACUCACCGUAACUCUUUGACCGCUGAAGAACAAACUUGUGAGAAUCACUUCAUAGCCACGCAUUCUAGAGACACCCACGGAAGAUAUAUUGUUAAGCUGCCUUUUAAGAGUUCAGUCAAGAAUUUAGGUGAUUCUAAACGAAAGGCAACACUCCUAUGCAGCAAACUAAUAAAACGUUGUUCAACUGACUCGAAAUAUGCUCAACUGUACUCAGAGUUUAUGACUAAGUAUCAGAAAUUGCGGCACAUGAUACAAGUGCCUCUUUCAAUGCCGGAACCUGACAAUGCUUUCUACCUUCCUCAACGGAGUCUGGAAAGAAAGUAG